AUGGGGGUGUGUCAGAAUAUUAUUCUUAUUUCAUUCCUCUUUCUUUCUUCAAACUUUGUCACCCUUCUCAUUGCGCUCUCUCUCUCCCCUCCCUUCCCGUCGCCCUCUCUCUCGCCCCUCCCUUCCCAUCGCGCUCUCUCUCUCCGCGCCCUUCUCGUCGCCCUCUCUCUCGCCCCUCUCAUCUCAUCGCGCUCUCUCUAUCCGCGCCCUUCCCGUCGCCUCCCUUCCCGCCGCCCUCUCUCUCUCCCCUCCCUUCCCGUCGCCCUCUCUCUCCCCCCUCCCUUCCCAUCGCGCUCUCUCUCUCCGCUCCCUUCCCGUCGCCCUCUCUCUCGCCCCUCCCUUCCCGUCGUGCUCUCUCUCUCCGCGCCCUUCCCGUCACCCUCUCUCCCGUCGCCCUCUCUCCCAUCGCCCUCGCUCUCUUCUUCGCUCUGUCCCGGCCGUACCUUUAUUCCAUCCCGUCUCGUCGCCCUCAAGAACUCCCCUACCUUCGCGUCUUCUUGUUGUUCUCCCAUCCCCUUUCUUCGCCCUCGGUGUCUCCGCUCCCCUCCCGUCUUUCUUCCUCUCUCCGCUCCCCUAACGUCGCUCUUCCCAUCUCCGCUUCCAUUCCCGUCCUUGUUCCUCUCGCCCUUGAUCUUUCCCGUCGUUAUUCCUCACUACCGUCCCCUCCCCUCCCCUUGUUAA